CUACAUAGGGUGCAUGUGACUAAAAGGGGAUUUACAGAAAGGGUCUGCUGUCCACGUCCUCCGCGCAUGUUCCACUUUCCCAGAAGAGAGUCAGUUGGUGUGUAGCCUAAUGUUAGAUGUAUGAAGCGUAUCUUCUGUGGAUCCACGCCUACCUCCGAAUGCACAAAAGUGUCGAAUAAACGCCAAAAGAAUCAGAAUACAAGAAUGGGUCAGUCAGAGAGCGGAAAUGUUGCUUCGAAAGACUCUGAAACCAGAUCAGACGCAUGUUCAGGUCAGCAGUCACCUGUUCCUCUGGCUGUGGUUGAGGAGAUCUUACUGAACCUGCCAGCACAUCAGGUGGUCCAAGUCUGUCGGUUGGUGUGUCAUGAGUGGAAGGAGCUGGUGGACAGUGCUGCACACUGGAGAGUGCGCUGUCGGAGAGAGGGGCUCCAGCCGAAUGAUGCUUCCAGACCCCCAGAGGACUGGUGCCAGUUUUACUUUCUAUCUAAGUUCAGAUGUAACCUGCUCAAGAACCCCAGAGCUGAUGAUGGAAUUCAAGGAUGGGAGAUUGUACAGAAUGGAGCUGACAACUGGGCAACCGAGUUGAACAGAAUACCGUUGCCAGACAACACAGUCACCAAAUGUUUUGUAACAUCUAAUAGUCUAUGUUUGAAGGAGCAGCUGAUUGAUCUGAAGAAGGAAGGCUACAGUGAUGCUUUGAUGGAUCAACUGCGACCUCAUAUCAAAAUAUCAGACUGGUAUACCCCACUCUCGGAUUAUGGAAGUCAGUAUCAGUUGUCUGUAGAUUUGCUUGAUCAGGAGAAGAAUCCCAUCAGUACCUAUCAUCCUUAUAAAAUUUUCUUUCAAAGUGGGAACGAUUAUCCAUGGUGUCAAAUCAGCUACGUUUUUAGGAAUUAUGGACCUGGGGUUCGGUUUAUCCGUUUCACUCAUGGAGGGGGAUGGUCUGGAAUACGGAUUACUAACAGUAGUGUGGAAAUCUGUCCAGCUGCAGAGAGGUUGAGAUGCACAAAACCUAACUUGCUCAGGAAUCCCAGUGCGCAAGAUGGACUUCGAGGAUGGAAGAUUGUAGGUAGUGGACGUGACUGCUGGGUUAUAGGAGAAAAUCGGAAGCCAAUUCCAGACUUGGUCACCAGCUGUUUCGUAACAUCUUAUGGGCUGUGUUUGAAGCGACAGCUGAUUGACUUAAACAAAGAAGGCUACAGUGAUACUUUCAUGGAUCAAGUGCAACCUCAUAUCAAAAUAUCAGACUGGUAUUCCCAACGCUAUGACUGUGGAAGUGAGUAUCAGAUCUGUGUAGAGUUGCUUGAUCAGAGGAAAAACCCCAUCAAAACCUUUCAGCCUGAAAAAGUCAUAUUGUCAUUUGGGAACAGUGUGAAGUGGUAUGAAAUGAGCCACGUGUUUAAGAAUUAUGGACCUGGGGUUCGUUUUAUCCGUUUCACUCAUGGUGGAAACGAUACACAGUUCUGGGCAGGUCAUUAUGGAAUACGGGUCACUAACAGUAGUGUGGUGAUUUAUCCUGCUGAUGAGAGUUUCAGACUCACAAAUCGUAACUUGCUCAAGAAUCCCAGCGCACAAGAGGGACUUCAAGGUUGGGAGAUUGUAGAAGAUGGAGGUGACCGCUGGGUGACUGGAGGUAACGGGACAACAUUUCCGGUCAACACAUGUUUUGUGACGUCUUAUGGUUUAUGUUUGAAGGAGCAGCUGAUUGAUCUGAAGGAAGAAGGCUACAGUGAUGCUUUAAUGGAUCAACAGCAACCUCAUAUCAAAAUAACAGACUGGUGAGCAUUCACACAAACUUCAUUUCAUGGUACAGCAUCUUAGGUGGUGGAUUUCAUAGUUGUGACCCUGGACCACAAAACCAGUCGCUGGGGUAUUUUUGUAGCAAUGGCCAAAAAAUACAUCGU